UCGCUCUGCUUCUUCUGGUCGAACGCCACAGCUCUCUGCCUUCUCUGUGCGCGUCGCUCAAAUCACGCCUCGUUGCCACUAAGGAUCUACCCAGAGGAUUCUAAGGAUCUAGACCCUUGACCUAAUGAAUCGAAAACAUCUACGACAGGCUCACACGACCAUGACCUAACCUCAUGACUCACCUCGCUUCUGCGACCUACCUCAACUUAACUACGCGUAUGCCAGCAAACGGCCACUUGUGUCCAUUUGUGUCCCAAAAGUCAUAGGUGAUCAUCGAUGAAUCGAUGUUUUCAAAAUUUUUUGAAAAAUCGAUGCGAAUCGACUAAGUUAACUGUCGUCUCCUUACUGUUAUUUUUGUAAUUUGUUAUUCAUUGGACAGUUUGCAUUGUUUGAGCUGCCCUUAAAGCAAAUUAGUAACGUUUCAUGAUAUUGACAAUAAACUUAUGCAUUGUUGAGCAGGUUAAGUGACGAAUGGCAAAAAUGUUUCUUAUCCGGAUAUGAUUUGGUUGAGACUAGUCUCCCUUUUCUAUACGUUGAUUUGAUCAUUAGAGUCGUCUCCUUACACCCUCCAAAGCAAAGGAAUUUGUUAUUCAUUUAACUGUUUGCAUUGUUUGAGCUGCCUUCAAGGCAAGUAAAAUAAAAGUGGACUAGGCCUAUUGGGGAUACAACUAUAAAAAAAACGCGCCAAUAACUCUACCUCAAAGGUGGUGUGGAAAAGAGUUUGGAAAUCCUGAACCGUCUGGAAAACGUCGACUGCAUGAAUAUCGGCGUGAAGUUCAUGUUCAUCAAUUCUCUGGAGCAGUGCAACUGGACCCUCAAGUGUUUCGAGUCCCCGGCAUUCUGAACUUCUGACCCGCGCCACCGGCUUCGAGGCGUUCCUGGCCAAGAGGUACUCUUCGCAGAAGCGUUACGGUUUCAUCAAUGUGUCCACCGAGAUGGGUGUAGAUUCCGUCAUCAUGGGCAUGCUUCAUCGUGGACGUCUCAACACCCAGGCCAAUGUCUGCCGCAAGCACCUUAACCUAAUCUUCAUCCAGUUCGCUGGUCUGAAGGCCGCUGAUUAUGGAUGCUAUCCAUCAAGAGUACCAUUUGGGCAUGUACUUUGAGCAUCUGAACCGGGUGACAAACAAGAACUUCCGCCUGGCUGUUGUGACCAAUCCAUCACAUCUGGAAGCCGUCAAUUCCGUCGUGCAGAGCAAGACCCGUGCCGAGCAGUUCUAUCUUGAUUUUUUUUAGCUAUUUUUGGAGAAGAAUCCAGAAAAGAGCAAAGACGCCGAGUUCAAAACGGAAACAGUGAUCCUCUGAAAGAAGAUAGAUUACUCAGUCCAGAUGCUCAUGGAGACACUCCAUGAUUACUUGACCACAUUCCCCGGUGACCUCAUAAUGGCCCUUCGAAUCCUGCGAUAUCUUUCGAUAUCUGACUCCAGUGACUGAGGAAGUAAAGCAUCGUUUCGUCGCCCUCCAGCUUUACUCGGCAGAUGGCGUCCAGCUGUGCAUCCAGAUCAUGGAGAAACUUUGCAUAUACUUCGAACACCCGGGAGAUCAAUCGCCCGCUUUGAUGACGAUCCAGGAGGGAACACUUUUUCCAGAUUAUGAUGCCCACGCUACAAAUAUUGAGGGAGCUUCUCUCUUAUGCUUUUCUGUGCCGAGAUGGCACCUAUAAGGAUCUUACAGCCAUUGAUUAUCUGGUGGAGGUCUAUUACCUGCUGUACUACUAUCCCACACGAUGUCAGGCGGGCGCUGAAUAUACUAAUCUUACCUGGCGCCGUGUGGUCGGCUUGGUCAGAUAUAUUUGAGGAUUAUGCCACGCCAGUUGUGGCUGCCCAAUCCAUGCUGCAUUCCAUGUGCAAGAAACGCAAGGCCAUGAGCACAAUUAUGCAGGUCAUCACGUCGCCGAAUGCGGACAACAAGCAAAAAGAUGGUGCUCUGCACAUGAUAGGAACGCUAGCGAAUGUCCUGCUGAAGAAGGCUCAAUACCGAGACCAAGUGGAAUCUAUGCUAACCACAUACGUUUUCCCGGAGUUCCAGAAUCCCGCCGGCCAUAUGCGGGCGCGUGCAUGUUGGGUUCUGCACUAUUUCUGCAGACUUUACCUGGCCGAGAUCAUGCGACUGACCACGAACGCCCUGCUAACGGAUAAGGAACUGCCCUUUAAAGUGGAGGCGGUCAUUGACCUGCAGAUGUUCCUCUCAUCGCAGGACGAGGCGACCCAAUCCGUUGAGGGUCAGAUUAAGGAGAUCACCAAGGAGUUGCUCACCAUUAUUCGUGAAACCGAGAACGAAGAUCUGACCAACGUGAUGCAGAAGAUCGUGUGCACCUUUACGGAGCAACUGUUGCCAGUGGCCACCGAGAUUUGCCAGCACUUGGCAACCACCUUCAGCCAGGUGCUGGAGUCCGAGGAGGGAUCCGACGAGAAGGCCAUCACCGCCAUGAGUCUGCUCAACACCAUCGAGACUCUGCUCAGAGAGGUGGAGAAGCAUCCCGACGUCCUCCUCAAUCUUCAUCCGAUUGUUAUCAAAGUGGUGGGACACAUGCCACGAGACGUGCCAGAGGAACUGAUCUACCAGGUAUUCAAGAAGGACGGCAUCGACUUCUUCAUCGACAUUAUGCCGGCUCUGCAUAACUAUGUGACUGUCGACACGCCCGCAUUCCUCUCCAAUCCCAACAGCCUGCUGGCUAUUCUGGCUGGCUGAAGAAACGAGAAUAAUAAAAUAACACAUAAAAACAAGAAA